GCUGCGGCGAAGAUGCUUGUGUAUAUCUUCUACCACCAUUCUCUAAAGCGGUUCGUAAUCCCAUUAACAACUCUUGCCACCUUGAUGACUAUUCGAUAAUUACGGCUGAACUCGAAGGAAGAUGGUAUCACCUAUAGGCGUAGGAGAUGCCAUCGCAAUCGCGAAGCUCUCCUGGUUCCUCUACCAGGCAUUUGUUACUGGGCGUAGAUCAGCACCGUCAGAAUUCAGGCGAGUCGAAGACCAACUGCAUUCUCUUUCUAUUGCCCUCUUUGCGGUCGACACUGUUAAGGAAAAUGAAUUUAGAGAUCACUGUCUCCUACAACAACAGUUCAACCAAGUUCUCAUCAACUGUAGAAAUGUCCUUGAGCAUCUUCAAGAAGCUGUGAAUGAUCAUUCAGUCAUUGUGGAACCUACUAGCCCCGACCAACCGCGCUUCAGGCGCUGGACCAAACGAUGCCUAUCCACCUGGAAAAGAAUAUCUUGGACUGUUGAUCGGCACGGCUUAACAGCUCUUGUUGAUCAGAUAACAGCUCACACUAACAGCUUGAACCUAUUACUCCUGGUUGCUAAUAGUUCCCGUACAAGACAAAUAAGAGACCAACAGCACGCCGACUCUGAGUUGAAUGUUGAAAACAAAUCGAUGCUUCAAGAGAUAUAUGACUAUUAUGUUGCAAAUCUCAAGAAUAGCAGGGCUCGGCAGUCUCAUACAGACGGCAUGGACAGUGUUGAUGAACGCAGAGUCCUGUUUGAACUCCAUCAGAUGAAUGAAGGUAUUACGGAGCUCGUAUGCCCCCAAACUAGCUUGGAGCUGGACCUGGAAGCUCCUCAUCUAGACCUUGACCGCCUAUUUGCCUGUCAUUGCAUGACUCCAGAGCAAGCCGGUGCACACACUCGCCACCUAGCCGCUUUCCAGCUUUCCGACUUAUCUUUUGCGGUCCGUCUCGCUGGAGAUGAACUGUGUUGGCAAUUACUUCAAGUAAAAGAUAGCUAUAAUGGACAGCUUGUCAAUCUGAUGGUUAAAAACAUGCAUUCGAAAUGUGUUCGCGAAUUCGAACAGAACUUUGUGAAGCCGUUGGGAAAGAGGGUUGCAACAUUAAUAUUCAGUCAGGGAACUGAUAGCCUUCUUGCCUAUCUCCCGCCGAGCGGCGAACAGGGAAAGGUCCUUUCAGUUUUCAAUGACCUAGAUCCAAUAAGCGGUCUUAUAGAGGACGUGACAUUCACCGUUGGACACACGUCGUAUACAAGAGACUCCAUUAAUCAGAUCAGCUUACUCAUGUAUGAGAGUCUCGCUGAUGAUGCCAUUAGAAAUUCAUAUUCAGACCUCCAUCAAUGGGUAGCAAAUGGAAAUGCGGAGAUUGUGAUUUAUUAUGAAGAAGAUCAUGAUUCAAUGAAUCCAGACGACAUCGUCAGAACGGACAUAAAAUUUUCUCUCGCCACCUCUAUUCAUCUGAAUACUUCUGAUGCUAAUUCUGCUGUUCAACUUGAGAAUAUCGAAUGUGUAAGCAUCGAUAGGCAAGACGCACCGAGUCGUGUCGAGGGCGCUACUGUGACAUUUCAUACAUCGACCCCAGAUGGAGCACGUCAAUUACACACCAAGAUAAAGGCUAUCUUAAAGGAAUUACUUGCACUUCAGAUUCGUUUUCCUCGACAAGACGAGGAGAUCAUUUAUAGUCUCCAAUCGGUUUCAUUCAAGAAUGCCAUUGUUGACAUAUCUGACGGCGAACUUAUAGUCACAAGGAAUGUCACAGGAGAUCAUCGGCUCAUCAUCUAUAGCCGCGACGGAUGCACAACUUUAAGCUCAGAACUCAAACCCGAGUUCUUCAAGGAGGGAGGCCAAGGGUCGGUCUUUUCUGCACCUGCAGAUGUGAUUCAGUUACAGAAUCGAGGAGUUCGUAAAAUAAUGAGAUAUAAAGAGGGCUUCCAGGCAAACAACUUCGGAAAUACCAAUUCUGCAAAGAUGAUUGAGCUAGCCCGGAAGACAAUAGCCGCAAGUCUCCCAAUUAGGACCAUCAACGUGGACUAAGAGACCGAUUUGAAAAGGACAAGUCUGGAUGUGCAGUAGGGCCCACUCUAAACGUGCAGUACGCAGUUGUUGGCAGGAGUUUUCAGCUGGCUACGACAUCUGCACACU